GAGAAGUUUAGUUUCUCUCACUCAGAGUCUACACUCAGUAUCGACAAGUCUUCAACAGCCACUGUUUGAAUACGCCAAGAACUGAACUACACUUUUACUACACCACCCAAGAAUACGCAACAAUCUUCUUUUCCAUCAGCCAGCAUGGAGAGACGAUAUAACUUGAGACCAAGGACAUCUGGGAGAGCUCAGACCAGCAGCACCAUCCAGUUGUCCAGCUACAGCCAUAAUGCACCUCCAGCAGGAACGUCUCCCAGCUCAGACAUCCACUGCCUGAGGCAAGCCCUCUUCUCAGCAGAGGAGCACAACAUGGAGCUGGCCGCUGAAAUCACUGCUCUGAAGCAGCAGCUUGUCAGCCACACAGACCAGACACAGCAAAGAGAGCUCCAUGCAACAAAAUCAGAGCUGAAGAAGGCUCUAGAUGCUGCGAAGCAGACCCAGGAUCUUCUCAAGAGGAAGGAGAAGUUGAUCCUGGAGAGCCACAGAGAGCUCUCAUCGCUCCGAGAGACCCUUAAAGGGCAGACCAAGGACCUUCACUUCAGUUCCACUCAGCUCUGCCUCAAGGACAAACAACUGAAUGAAGCCUUGACAAGGUGCAGCAGUCUGGAGGAGAAGCUGAGAGAGGAGCUUAUCAAGAGAGAGAAGAAGGAGAUAGAACUGUCUUCCCUCGGAGAGAGCCUCACCGCCCAGAAGGAGGAGACCAACCUCUGGGUGAACAGAUACAAGGAGGUGAAGGCAGCACUAGAGGAGGAGACCAAGCACAGCGCAGACCUUCAGUAUCAGAGGGAGCUGACACAGAAAGAGAUCAGCUCCGUCAGAAGUGAGAUCCAAGCUCGCACUGAGGAGAACCAGGUCCUAUCAGCAACGCUGGACCUCAGAGAGAACGAGCUGAUCCAAAACAUCAGCAGGUACAACGCCCUGGAAGAGAAGCACAACAUCGAGCUUCUCCUGAGACAGAGCCUGGAGAGGGAACUGUCUUCCCUCCAGGAGAGCCUCACCGCCCAGAAGGAGGAGACCAACCUCUGGGUGAACAAAUACAAGGAGGUGAAGGCAGCACUAGAGGAGGUGAAGACAGCACUAGAGGAGGAGACCAAGCACAGCGCAGACCUUCAGUAUCAGAGGGAGCUGACACAGAAAGAGAUCAGCUCCGUCAGAAGUGAGAUCCAAGCUCGCACUGAGGAGAACCAGGUCCUAUCAGCAACGCUGGACCUCAGAGAGAACGAGCUGAUCCAAAACAUCAGCAGGUACAACGCCCUGGAAGAGAAGCACAACAUCGAGCUUCUCCUGAGACAGAGCCUGGAGAGGGAACUGUCUUCCCUCCAGGAGAGCCUCACCGCCCAGAAGGAGGAGACCAACCUCUGGGUGAACAAAUACAAGGAGGUGAAGGCAGCACUAGAGGAGGUGAAGACAGCACUAGAGGAGGAGACCAAGCACAGCGCAGACCUUCAGUAUCAGAGGGAGCUGACACAGAAAGAGAUCAGCUCCGUCAGAAGUGAGAUCCAAGCUCGCACUGAGGAGAACCAGGUCCUAUCAGCAACGCUGGACCUCAGAGAGAACGAGCUGAUCCAAAACAUCAGCAGGUACAACGCCCUGGAAGAGAAGCACAACAUCGAGCUUCUCCUGAGACAGAGCCUGGAGAGGGAACUGUCUUCCCUCCAGGAGAGCCUCACCGCCCAGAAGGAGGAGACCAACCUCUGGGUGAACAAAUACAAGGAGGUGAAGGCAGCAUUAGAGGAGGAGACCCAGAGCAGUGCUGAGUGGGAGCAGUGUCACAGGGAGCUGACGACGGAGUUAAAAACUCGCACUGAGGAGAUUCAGGUCCUGUCAUCCAACCUGACCCUCAGAGAGGAAGACCUGAAGGAGAACAUCAGGAGGUGCCAUGCUCUGGAGGAGGACUGCAAGAAGCAGCUUAUGGAGAGGCAGCAGAACUGGGAGAGCAGGCAACAGGAGGAGCAGAAGCUGUGGGCUGAGAAGGAAGAAGCCCUCAUGAAGCAAGUCAGCAAGGCAGAGGAGGAGGUCAAGUCCCUGAUAAUACAAAACAUCGGGCUACAGGAACUUGCACUGAAGAAGAACAAGAAGAAGAAGACGAGAGGCUCCUGGAGGAGGAGGAGCAAGAAGAACAGCAGUGUAGAGGAGGAGGAGGCUCCAAGCUCUUCAGCCGAGGAUGGAGAUGCUAACAAGAAGAAGAAUGAAAAGAAGGAGAGAAAGCGAAGCUUCUGGAGAAGGAGGCCAAAACGCAGCAGCGAAGAAGAUGAGCCUCAGGCUGAGGAUGGACAAGAAGAGGAGGUGAAGGAGAGAAGAGGAUUCUGGAGGUGGACCAGCAGAAAGAGGAGGAGUAACGGAGAGAGAGCUGCUCCUGAUAAACAGCAGUGAUCCUCCACCCUCCCCUCCCCGUCUCCCUCCCUCUCUCUUUCUCCCCCCUCUCUCCCUCUCUCUCUCCUCCUCCCCUCCCUCCACACCUCUCCUUCUCUUUCACCCUCCCACCCCUUCUCUCCCUCUACCCCCUCCCCUUUCCCCCCCUCUCUUCCCCUCUCUCCCCCUCUCUCAGCCCGACCGGUCGAGGCAGACGGCCAUCCGCCAUGAGUCAGGUUCUGUCCAAGGUUUCUUCCUGUUAAAGGGGAGUUUUUCCUUGCCACUGUUGCCACUGGCUUGCUCAUGGGGGAACUGUUGGGUUUCUCCAAACAACACUGAGCGUGGUCUAGACCUGCUCUGUUCCAGUACCACUUGAUUAAUAAUUUGGCUUUAAAUAAAUGAAUAAAAUUUCCU